AUGGUUGUGCGCCUUAUCGUUGUUGUGUUGUGUGGAUUUUUGAAUUUCCUCGGUGUUCAAGGCGUGCAGAGUCUGCAAAACACGGUUUAUCGGCCUAUCACGCAUCAGAACGACAGCACCAUUGCAGAUGUGUCAAGGCUGUUCUUGAGCGUUUCUGGUGACUCAAAGCCUGAAGUGUUCAACUUGACCAUGUCGGACAGACCUGCAUAUCAGCCGCUUGCAACACACAAUAUGCUGGAAUUGAAUAUGACAAUGGCAGAAGAUGGGGUCAUGUCGUACCCUGCUGCAAGCUGUUGGGCAAACAUCGACAACUCAACGUUUCAAGUAAAGGGACUCUGUGAAGGCACUGUUGCGAAGGUAACGCCGUUUCACGGCAGGAUUGGUGUCAAUGUGAGUGUUGAUGAUGCCACUGAAUUUCAGGCCAUUCUUGAUGGCUAUUCUCAAGAUUACCUCGACAGCGUUACAUUUACGACAUUAUCGGAUACUGAGACGUACCCUUAUCUGCUUCCACUUCCACUGGAGGCUGGUCUUUAUGUGCUGUCUUCAAACGCAUAUGAAAAGAUUGGACCAUACGACACGGAUUACUCGACUAUGUGGAUUACUGUCGGUAUCGUCGUGCCUAUGGUACCCAGAGUCGAGGUUGAGAGCGCCCAAGGCACAAACCUCGUCAUAAAUGCAACAAAUCUUACAUCUGAAUAUCAAUAUUUCGAAGCGCCGAACACAUCCGCCCUUAAGGCUGGUUGGCAUGCGAUGACAGACGCAACCAAUCAUGCGUACGACCGCACGUUCUGGUUGGGUAAUUGUACGUUAUCUUUCUGGAGAAAUGAUUCCGUACUUUUUUUGCCGCCAAACAAGACGAUUGCGAACGAUACUUGGGAUAUACCUGCUGCCCCAGUAGCCAACUUUCCCUAUUGGUUAAUGAUGCCGGGCUUGGGUGCGGGCCGAUGGGCUGACGUGGACGAGAUCAUGGCAGCAUGGGACGGUCUCGGCUACAAUGAUCAAAAUGCUACAUUCGAUCGAAGCCUUGCCCAGAACCUUGCUUCUCACAUCUUUCACGUGCAGCUUUCCACGUUCAAUAACGCGACGUUCGGCACAUCCACAACACUCUCCUCACGUUUGUUCCAAUAUUGGUUGUGGUAUGAAGUGAUGGAAAGUCGGCAGCAAGUAUUCUUAUGGCCUUAUCUUCUCGUGGCUCUGUGGAUGGUGCCGAUGUUACUAUACAACGGCUGGGAUCUCUUCAAAUCCCGACAUGAGCGUUACGCUCGAAGCGUCAUCCGUGACCAAUGCCUCACCACUGAAGGUCUCAUUCACAUCUACGACAUGUAUUACAAGAAGACCAGAACUCUCAGUCCUCUUCCCCAGCACGCCAAGCGCCACUCGCUCAUACGUCGCUACGACAGUAUUAACACGGAAUUCUCGAAGAAAGGGGAUGGAGUGACAUGGGACGCCCCACUUGACGGUGCCGUCCCAUACAGGCUUGCCAUGACCACGGCUUAUCAACCCGUACCGUUGAGUAUGUCUGCGUCUUACCCGGCAGAUCCUCCUAUGCCACCUCUCCCGCCGACUUACUCUUAUUCGUCCACGCAUCACAAUCAAAGCCCUCCGAUGCAGUCUACUCCCGCGCCUUAUUUAUCUCACGAUAGCAGCCCCAGGUGGCCGAUGGGAUUCCGCUCGCAGCGUUCGCAUUUGGACGGGAAUAUUAGUGAGCCGCUGUUGCAGGAUGAUUUGGGUUCGUCACCUGAUCCAGACCCGCACGCUAUUCCCCUUGGUCGGUAUGGUCACGGACAUUGA